GGGGGCGAUGAGAUGGGCUAUUGUGAGUGAUGAUGAAUAAUAGCGUAUGAAGCGCUGUCUAGUAUUCGAAGAUGCGUCUGCUUAACCUUUUCCGUUCUUGACGUCUGACCUUCUAAGGAAGAAUUAAGCAGUUAUCUCUACCUCGAUUUCCUUUUUUACGGAUUAGCCUGUAAUUAAUCGCAGCAAUUGGUUACCCACUCGAAACUGCAAUGACAAAUGUAACAGGUCGUACAAAUGCAGCGUUAUAGGUGUUCUCUUUACUUUUGAAUUUACAUCCACCCAGGCAUAUUCCAAUCUUGAGGAUGGCAACGAAGUGUUUGGUGUUCGGCACACAAUGUGUUGCCAAGAGUGACCACAGCCAGCCCAAAACUGGUGAACUGGCCUAUCGCAAAGGAGACAUCCUCACUAUUAUGAGAACAGGAACAGGGAAAGAACAUUACAAGGCCAGACACAACACCACAGGAGAGGAAGGACUCAUCUCUGCCACCAACAUGCGAGAGCGAGAGGCCAUUCGUGUCGACCCCAGUCUCAGUCUCAUGCCCUGGUUCCAUGGGAAGAUCUCAGGUCCCGAGGCGGUGUCCAAGCUGCGGCCUGUAGAGGAUGGCCUGUUCCUGGUGCGGGAGUCCAUCCGCCACCCUGGUGACUAUGUGCUCUGUGUCGGCUACUCCAGCCAGGUCAUCCACUACCGAGUCAUGUACCAGCACAGGAAACUGACCAUCGACAACACCCAGUACUUCUACAACCUCAUAGACAUGAUAGAGUUCCACUCCAAGCACAAGGGAGCUAUCGCCACAAAACUUCUGAAGCCCAAAGAUAAGGAGGGCACCAAGUCAGCUGAGUUGGAGCUGUCUAAAACGGGGUGGCUGCUGGACAUCAGGAAGCUGACCUUGGGAGAGAGUAUCGGAGAGGGGGAGUUUGGAGCGGUGUUUGAAGGAGACUACAUUGGCCAGAAGGUGGCAGUAAAGAACAUUAAAUGUGAUGUAACGGCACAGGCAUUCUUAGAAGAGACCACUGUUAUGACGAAACUGCAGCAUAAGAACCUGGUGCGGUUGUUGGGGGUGAUCGUAGACAAUGGACUGCACAUCGUCACAGAGCUCAUGGCCAAGGGUAAUCUGGUGAACUUCCUCCGGACGAGGGGCCGUUUUGUCAUUCGCACUGGCCAGCUACUACGUUUUGCACUAGAUGUGUGCGAGGGCAUGGAGUACCUGGAGUCUAAGAGGUUGGUUCACAGAGACCUAGCGGCCCGUAACAUCCUGGUCUCCAACGAAGGCGUGGCCAAAGUCAGUGACUUUGGGUUGACCAAGGUGGACUGCAAGGCCUCGGACAACGCUAAACUACCAGUCAAAUGGACAGCCCCUGAGGCCCUGAAGAAAGAGAAAUUCUCCACGCGGUCAGACGUAUGGAGCUAUGGUGUUCUCCUCUGGGAGACGUUCUCCUACGGUCGACAGCCCUACCCCAAGAUGUCUGUAAAGGAGGUGAAGGAGCGGGUGGAGCAGGGUUACCGUAUGGAGGCUCCAGAGGAGUGCCCCCCCAGUGUCUACGUCCUGAUGAGGGGCUGCUGGGAGGCCGAGCCCAAGAAAAGGCCCUCCUUUCAUAAACUACAGGAGAAGAUAGAGAGAGAGCUGACCAAACACAGCCCUGGGCCUGCCUGCUGAGGUCACCUCAAUAAUCCUAUUCAAAUAACUAUUGUUCUUUGUUUAGAGCUGCCUGGAGAUGGACCGUAACCCGGGACAGGUGGCCUGAAGUGAGCCAGAACCAACAGAAGGCUGGUCAGGGCUGGAUCUAAUGGUAGUGGCUCAUAAAGAGGCUGAACAUUGGCUGAUUUUGUGAAGGGGACAUGCAGCAUACAUCUUUCUUAGAUCAUCAAUGAGCCUUUAUGCACACUCACUAUGACUCCAUACUAUAAACAGCAGUGAAAUGUGGACAUGGGUUUCUCUAUGGCAGAAUCACUGUCUGAAGAAAAUUAUCUUUGCAACAAAUAAACUCCAGCCAUCAGAACUAACUGUACAAAAACAAAACUAUGUAGUGCCUUCAGAAGGUGUUCAUACCUUGACUACAUUUUGUUGUUAAGCCUGAAUUUUUUUUAAACUAUCACCCAUCUACACACUACCCCAGAAUGACAAAGUGAAAAAAAGUUUUUAGACAUUU